GUACUAUAUAAACCGUAAGAUCUUGUUCGAUACUUAGAUUCUAUUGAGUUAAUAUACCGACAAUGUUGGUUCGGUGCCUUCUAGCUACCGUUCUGGUAUUUCAGGCAUGUCUGGCCGUUCCUUUUGGCCUGAAACCCAGGAUUACCGAUGGUGAGGAUGCCACACCAGGUGAAUUUCCUUAUCAAGUCUCUGUCCGAUGGGGUAUUCCACCUCUCAUUCCUUUUUCACAUUCCUGUGGUGGUUCAAUUAUAAAUGAAAGUUUCGUCUUAACUGCUGGACACUGCGUUCUAAGAUUUGGCAAGCUUAAAGUCUUUGCUGGCAAGCAUUAUCUUUUUGAAGACGAGGAUACUCAACAAGAAGUUGAUGUCGCUAAGGCUUACGUCCAUGAAAAAUAUCCAGGAGGUGUUGCUCCAUACGACAUUGCUCUUUUAAAAUUAAAGACUCCUCUCGUUUUUAACGAAAGAGUAUCCGCUGUCAAAUUACCUGAACAAGAUGAGGUACGAACUGGAAAUACUGUGCUUUCUGGCUGGGGUUCCGUUUCCAAGGAAUUGCUUCCAGUACUUCCCAAGGUUCUUCAAAAAGUUAGAAUCCCCUUGUUAGACAAUAAAGCUUGUCAGGAAAAAUUCCCGAAAGAAGCUAAUCCACCGAAAAUCUAUGAUUCACAAAUAUGCACUGACGUUGUUGAGGAAAUAUCCGCUUGUUCUGGCGAUUCUGGUGGUCCAUUAGUUCAAUUUGAAGAUAACGUUCCCACUCAAGUUGGCAUUGUUUCAUGGGGCGUUUAUCCGUGUGGAGUUAAUCGCAUGCCUUCGGUAUAUACUCGUGUAGCUUCUUAUGUAGACUGGAUUAAGUUAACAAUAUGGCUUAGUACAUUAGAAAAUUUCAACAUACCGACAAUGUCGCUUCGGUGUUUUUUAGCUACUGUUCUGGUGUUUCAGGUGUGUCUGGCCGUUUCUUUUGGCCUGAAACCCAGGAUUACCGAUGGUGAGGAUGCCAUACCAGGUGAAUUUCCUUAUCAAGUUUCUGUACAAUGGGGUGUUCCACCCUUCACUCCUUUUUCUCAUUCCUGUGGUGGUUCCAUUAUAAAUAAAAAUUUCGUCUUGACUGCUGGACACUGCAUUAUGAAUUAUGGCUCGCUUAAAGUUUUCGCUGGCAAGUAUUAUCUUAAUAAAAAGGAGAAUACUGAACAAGUAGUUGAUGUCGCUACGGCCUAUGUUCAUGAAAAAUAUUCAGGAGAUGUUGGUCCAUAUGACAUCGCUAUUCUAGAACUGAAGACUCCUCUCGUUUUUAAUAAGAGAGUAUCCGCUGUCAAAUUACCUAAACAAUGCGAGGUACGAACUGGGAAUGCUGUACUCUCUGGUUGGGGCUCCAUUUCCAAGAAAUCGCGUCCACUACUUCCAGAAGUUCUUCAAAAAGUUACUAUCCCCUUGUUGGACAAUAAAUCUUGUCAGAAAAAAUUCUCAAAAGAUUCUGACCCAGCGAAAAUUUAUAAUUCACAAAUAUGCACUGACGCUAUUGGGGAAAUAUCCGCUUGUUCUGGCGACUCAGGUGGUCCAUUGGUUCAAUUUGAAAAUAAUGUUCCCAUCCAAGUUGGUAUUGUUUCUUGGGGCAUUUAUCCGUGUGGUGUUAAUCACAUGCCUUCGGUCUACACUCGCGUAGCUUCUUACAUAGACUGGAUUAAGUUUAUAAUAAGCUAGUGAAUUACAAAAUUAA